GAGCGGCAUCCAGAAUCACUUUCCUUCAAACCAAGGUAAGUGGAGCAUUUGAAGUUUAUUGCAAGUCUGACAAUUGAAUAUUUAGAUGAAGUUCGUAAUUGUUUUCGUCGCCUUCCUGGGACUGGCCGCGGCCGCCCCUCAGCCCUUUGACCUGAUCGCGGACAUCCGCCGCUUCCUGGCCCUGAUCCCCCAGGCCGAGACCGAGGCCCUCUUCAACAGCACCUACGACACCGACGCUGCUUUCGCCGGCUCAGUCAACUUCAUCAGGUCGCCUAGGUUCACCGAGCUCGUCCUGGAGGUUGACGCCGUCCCUGAGUUCCAGGCUUACUUUGACUUCCUCGAGUCCAACAACAUCCCCGCCUACUACUGGUUGAACGCCAUCCGCACGUGGCUCGGAGUUCCUGAGUUCGUUCCCGCCACCUCCACCGGCUUCGUCCGCAGGCCCGUCUCCAAGCUGCCCCGCAGCAUCUUGCCCUUCGUCGAGAGCUGGCUCGGCCUCCUGACCCACGCCGAAUUUGUCGCCGUCCACGAGGACCUGAUCGCCACAAGCCCCGACUACAACAACUUGUGGGCCGUCUACCAGAGCCCUGAGUACGCCGACGUCCGUGCCGCCCUGACCUCAAACAGCGUCUACAUCGCGGCCACCGACGAGCUCGACGCCAACGGUGUCUUCCUCACCGAGGCUCUUGACCUCAUCAAGGCCUGGCUGAGGCAGUAAAUUAAAAAAAAAGAAGACAGAGAUUGAAAUAAAUUUGUAUUUUUCAUAAUAA